AUGGAAGAAAUAGUUUAUUACAACUCAGAAGGUCAUGGUGAUGACAAAAACGCUGCUCAAGUGAAUGCUUUCGCUACAUCAAUACAUACACAGAGUCAUAACUAUGCAUUUCGUCAAUCUUCAUCAUACCCUCAUGGUUCAGUUAUAACGGGGACAAGUGCUGGUGAUAGAGUUUUCGUUGCUUCUAGAGGCAAAGCGUUGAUUAAUGUCUAUACAUGGGGUAAAGAAUCUCCAGAUCAAAGAAUUCCAAUCCCUGAACAAUUGACAAGUUUAACAUUAUGUCCAAAUUCACCAAAUGUUUAUAAUGAAGAAUAUGAUGUUGAAAAUGAUUCAAAUUUCCCAAAAUUUAGAUUACCAUAUUUAUUAGUUGGUGGUGGUCUUAGUGGUAAGAUAUAUGUAUGGGAAUUAAACUCAGGUUUAUUAUUAUGUGUUAAAGAAGCACAUUAUCAAAGUGUAAAUGUUUUGAAAACAACUUCAGAUGGUUCAUAUUUAGUUUCAGGUGGUAAAGAUGCAAGAGUUUUAAUAUGGAAAAUCAUUGAUUUAAUCUCAUUUGUUAAAGAUGAUGAUAAAGUUAUUAAACCUGUACAGAUCAUUUCAGAUAAUACUUUGGAAAUUACAGAUAUUUUCAUAAAUAAUAGUAUUCAUCAAGACUCUAAAAUUUAUACAGUUUCAAGAGAUUCAACGAUACGUGUUUAUGAAACAACAAAUUUCCAAUUAAUAUCAACAUUUAUCGUUGGUCAACAAGUUGAAUCUAUUGUUGUUGAUUCUGCUGAUAGAGCAAUCUAUUUAGGUUUAAACAAUGGUAAUAUUCGUCAAAUAAAUAUUUAUGAACCAAAUCCUGCAACAAAUGUCUUGGAAGCUAAAGGUGGUUAUGGUAAAGUGAUUACAUUAUCAGAAGAUCAUCAAUUAACAAAUACAUUAACACAUCAUAGUCCAAAUCCUGUUACAAGUUUAGGACUUUCAUUAGAUGGUUCAUUAUUAGUUUCAGGUGAUUCAUCUGGUAAAAUUACUAUAAGUGAUGUUCUUUCUAAACAAAUUGUUAAGGAAUUAAAAGAAUUAAAUAGUAAAAUUACAAAUAUUGAAGUAUUUUCAACUCAUAAAAAUGCAUUAAAUCAAACCAUUGAUAAAACUUCAAAAGCAAUUCCACCUUUCAAAAGAGUCAUUAGUAAUAAGAAUCCUAAAGAACAAGAUGUUGUAUUCCAAGUUGGUGAAGAUCAAGAAGAACAAUUAUUCAACAUUGAAGAACAUUUAAAUAGAGUUUCUAAAGAAUCUUUAUAUUUCCAAAAUUUGAACGGUGUUAAUUCAGAAGUUGUAUUUGCAAAUGAUCAACAAUCCAAUAAUGGUUCAAAUUCAAAUGAUGGUGAACUUGUUCAAGAAUUACAAGAAAAAGUUACUAAAUUAACUAAAGCAUAUACAGAUAUUAGAAAAUUGUAUGAAGAUUUAUAUUCUGAACAUACAAAUCAAUGA